AGCAGCACGUCUAAGCCCUCCAGUGUUUCUCAAGCUGGGAAGUUGCGAAAGUGCUCGGUCCUUUGAGCUGCACAAGAGUUGAAGUACCAGGCGGUGCUCUGCUGGCAGCCGCCCACCCGCUCAAGCAGCAGCACUAAUUCUCCAGCGCUAGUGCGGCCGGGGAGACCACGGGGAGAGCUGGGCAAAAAAGCAGCCGGGAAACGCUCUAGUAAUCUGCUCAGCCAGCCACAGUGCCGGGGAGUUGCUGCACAGACGGUGCUGGGGCAGCUCUCCUGGACAGAGAGAAGCGAAGCAACUGGCGGAGCGACCAUGCAGACAGGGGGCCAGCGGAGGAGACUGGGGCCUGCACCGCAGCAGCCCAGGCCAUGCUGCCCAGGGGAGAGGAACUGAGCCUUUCGACUUGACCCCAUCCGCUCCACUGGAGCCCAACUGGAGCCGUGCACCGCGUCUCCCUGCUCAGCUGCUGCCUUGGGGUGUGCGCGUGUGUGUGUCAGUCACACACCAGCUGUAGCUGGCUCGCUGGGAGCUCGAGAACCAGGGCCGUGUCCCUGCAGAUUUCACCGAAAGCUUCAGCCUUGCCGAUAACCAGCCAUGCACGGCCAGGCGCUCCGGCUCCUGUGCAGUUUGCUGAUGCCCGUCACCUUCUUGUGCACAGAUCUGCUUCCCAGAGUCACCUUCCCAAGAGGAGACUCGCGGAGGAUCCUAACCAGCUUCAGCCAGGAUGGAGUCUUCAACUAUGAUACAUUCCUCCUGAGCGAAGAUGAGGGCACUUUGUACGUGGGAGCUCGCGACACCAUCCUCUCCUUGCGGGUGGAUAGCCCUGGGUCCAUGGAGCUGACGGGCUUAAUAAAGUGGCAACCCUUCCCUGGAAAAAAGCAGGAGUGUGUCUUUAAGAAGAAAAGCAAUCUGACAGAAUGCUUCAACUUCCUCCGUAUCAUGGUGCCAGUGAACAAGACUCACUUGUACGUCUGCGGGACCUACGCCUUCAGCCCCGACUGCUCUUACAUUUCGCUGCAGAAUUUCAGCCUGGUUCCUGCCCUCCAGGAUGGGAAGGGGCAGUGCCCCUUUGACCCCCAGCACAAGCACACGUACAUCCUGGUGGAUGGUGAACUCUACACGGGGACCAUGAACAACUUCCAAGGCAACGAGCCCAUCAUCUCCCGCACCCUGGGCAGCCGGGCCUUGCUGAAGACCGAUGCCUUCCUCCGGUGGCUGAACGUCGACGCGGGCUUCGUGGCCUCUGUCAACAUCCCUGGCGACGAGAAGGUCUAUUUCUUCUUUGAGGAGACGGCGGAGGAGUUUGAUUUCCUUGAGAAGCUCACCGUCUCCCGGGUGGCUCGCGUAUGCAAGAAUGACGUUGGCGGAGAGAAGGUGCUGCAGAAGAAAUGGACCACCUUCCUGAAAGCCCAGCUGACGUGCUCCCAACCCGGACACUUCCCUUUCAACGUAAUCCAUCAUGCCUUUGUCCUACCGCAGCCAGAGGGGGAUGCCAUCUUCUACGGGGUCUUCACCUCACAGUGGCAGAUGGGGGAGGUGGGCAGCACAGCAGUGUGCGCCUUCAGCCGGGAGGCCAUCGAAAGAGUCUUCAACGGCAAAUACAAGGAACUGAACAAGGAGAGUUCCCGCUGGAUGACGUACAACGGGGACGUGGCAUCGCCCCGCCCUGGCAGCUGCUCAGUGGGCUCGUCAGUGGACAAAACCCUGACCUUCAUGAAGAACCAUUUCCUGAUGGAUGGAAAGGUUGAGCCCAUGACCAAGCAGCCGCUGCUGGUGAAGCAGAAUGAGAAAUACACACGGAUCGUAGUCCAUCAAACCCAGGACGUCUCGGGCACCGUGUACAACGUGAUGUUCCUGGGAACAGAUCGAGGGUUCCUGCACAAAGCAGUGGUUGCGGCUAGCGGGGCUCAUAUCAUUGAAGAAAUCCAGCUGUUUAAGGACCCGGAACCUGUGCAGAACCUUCUGUUCUCACCUGAGAAGGACAUCCUGUAUGUGGGGCACUCCAAGGGGGUCCUGCAGGUGCCGCUGGCCAACUGCAGCGUAUACAGGAGCUGUGCUGAAUGCAUCCUCGCCCGAGACCCCUACUGCGCCUGGGACAGGCACAGCCGGUCGUGUCAGGAGACCCGAGCCACAAACAAAAACAUGAGCGACUGGCUGCAGGACGUCGAGAAGGGGCUGCCGGGAGCUAUGUGCCAUCAGGCGAGUGGGAGAGGCAGGGCCACGCCCAGGUCCUGGGAUGACUCGGGCAGCAGCCUGGUAAAAACUCUGAGCCCAGUGCUGAACUCCCUGGUCCGGCUGACGUGCCCGCAGGUCUCUGCCCUGGCUAAUUACACCUGGAGCUACCCAGAGCAGAUGCCCCCGGCGUGGCUGAUGGUGUUGGAUGACAGGACGCUGGUGAUCAUCGCACAGCCCCAGACGGCGGGCGAGUACAAGUGCUGGGCCAGCGAGAAUGGGCACCGCCAGGCCGUGGCCCACUAUGUGGUCGGGGACCCUACGGGUGGCGACAUUGCGGAGGAGGGGCUGGGCUGGGGGACAGGGAUGCAGGGCAAGCACCGCUCAUACUGGACGCAGUUUGUGACGGUGACAGUGCUGCUCUCGGUGACACUGGCUGUCGUCAUGGCCAUAGCUGCCUUCUCCUACCACGACCGGCUCAAGGCCAAGAGCAAGGUGCAGGGAUGCAGCACCCCCGAGGCCACCAAGGUGUCUAGUCAGGAGAAGGUGCCACUGAAGGGAGGUCGGGAGCUGCAGCUUCAAGGACCCUUCCAGGAGGGUGCCAAGGGCCCCGAGGCCUGCUGCGUCCAGCUGGAGGGGGUGUACCAGAACAUAGACGCUGACAACAACACGUUAAACAGCAGCCUGGGGACCGGUGAGCACUCCCAAGGAGCGGCUCUAGACAAAGCUUAGACUGCCUGCCUCCUUCUCAAAAUCAGUGGCACUGUGAUAAUGCGCAGCCCUACAAUAACAAGCCAGUGGGCAUCCAGCCCCCAUAUGCAUAACACAUGUCGGAUCAGCUGGUUGGACCUUCCAGCCCAGCCAGAAAUCACACCUGCUUGUCUUCCGGAUGCCAGCUGCUACCGCCCACCCACGUCUGGGUCGCUCCUCUGCUGAAGCAAAGGGCCCAGCUAGGGUCUGGGCAUCACCAGCAGCUGAGUCGUGGGAGGGGCGUUAAAAAUCAACAGCCCUCCUGCUUUUGUGUUUCUGCCCCGACCAAGGGACAGCAGAGGACAGCCGCUGUCCAGAUGUAGGCACAUCUGGGACUCUAGAUUCCCAGGUCCAAAGGAGCUGGUGGGCAGAGCGUGCCCUCUUCUGGCAAUGCCUGAUUGGGGGUCCAGCUGGGAGCAGGGUUCUAGUAGCCGACUGUGCCCUGUUGCUCUGUCUGUAGAAUUGGGAUGCCUGGGUAGCCGCUGCCUCUCACACUGUUGCCACCAGGAAUAAGUUGUUGGUGGCAUCCCUAUGCUGGUCUGGACUAGCUGGGAGCUACCACAUCCUCUCCCCGAGGGCUGUGAACAAAGGACAAGUAUUAUGUGGGAUGCUGGGCCUAACCUGGGUCAUUACAGCUCCGCUUACUGGAUCUGAUGUUCUGCCUUUAAGUGCAGGGUCAGCAGUUCAAAUCCAGCCUUGGCAGGAAUGGUCAGACAGCUGAUCCUCAUCAGCCUGCAGCUGGACUCCCCAUCUGGCUCCUGCUUGGCCUGAGAUCUGGAUCACAACAGACAUUGCUUGCUGGCCCCUUGAAGGGGAGACUGUGCUCUCCUCUGGGGAGUGUCUUUCCAUCAGAGGGCAUUGUGCUAUCUCUCCCUGCUGUGUGUGCACAAAAGGGCUUUAGGGCCUUAUUCUUAUUUACGCGCAGGCCUCUGUACACCACUCUGGUCCAUAAAGGGGGAAUAAAUUACAGCCACACCCUUCUGCACUCCUGGAGUGGUAUGAAGAGGCCUUUAAAGAGCGAACCGGGCUGAGUCCCAGGGGUUAUGGAGCCAACCUCCUGAAAAUAUUGACUUGGGAGGGGGAGUUGUAAGGGAGACUGGGGGCUGGGGAGGAGACUGGGGCUGUGACCAAAAUGUGAAGUUGCUGGGUUUUUUUAAUUUAAUAUUUUUAGAUUUAAAUUAAAAUUUUGCCAGUGGCAGAAAUGAGCGAACCCUUUGUUUCACCACGGCCACCCAGCCAGGGGAACAACGUGGCCACUGAAAGUUAUUGAGAAUGCCCUCUGACGUGGGGCAAAUGGGGUGAGGAUUUUGCACAAACCACUGGAUUGCGUCUGGGGUUCAGUGCAACCAGGUGAGUGGAUUUCCCCGGGGAAAGGCCUCGGAUUUCUCCCUCUCAAACGGGAUGGGUUUGCUCGUUUCGAAAACCUUUCUCCAACCACAUCAGUAUUAUUAUGUGAUGGAUAAAGUAACCCCUGCAUUGCUCAAUGGCAGCUAUUACACCUCGUGUUACAUUUGCCAGCAAAGCGGCUAGGUUCUACCAGGAUGUCCCUGGAAAAUCCAGGCUUCUUUCACCUGGAGAUUUCAACCGCUGGGGAAAUAGCUUUGAGUGGCAGUGCCUGUGGGCACUAGGGGUUGCAACAGUGCAACUUGGUUGAUACUUGUAAUCUGGGCAGAUCCCCAACCCGCUGUACAAGAUCUGAUGCAAACGCAUCGUCCGAGCUCUGUGAAGAACUCGAUGCCCUGACGAAACACUCAAGUAAAACGCUUCCCUGGAAUCUUUCCCUCUUUAAUUCUCAUCACUGGGGGAAGGGGGACAAUGGGAAACAAGCUACUUCCAGGAGUACAGUUGCCAAAGGGAUAAUUACUCCAAUCACAACAGGUCAGACAUUUUGGAACUCACUACUCAACUAAUUAAAUGUAAGCAUAAGAGAGAAAUGAAAGUUAUGAAAUGCAGAGAGAGCUACGUGACUGUGAAAUCCUGCUGGAGACAAGGCCGGGUAAUUGUUACCUCUGGAAAUUACCUAUGUCCUAGUCAAGAGGAAAUCCAGGAGGGGCAGGAUUCACUUGGACAAGACACACUGAGGCAAAAACUACCUGAGCAUUGUCCGCUUGUGGAUUUCACCAGGCUCACAUGCCCUCCCGCAGGGAAGACCUAGCCUGUGUGCUCAGCCUCCUGCUCUCAUCCCUGCACUGAUUACCGCUCUGUAACAGGGACUGGAUUCUUCUCUCGAGUGCCGGUGCUUAUAGAGCCGGGACAAAGCCCAUUCCAUCCGGGUCACUGAUCAGCAGGCUGUGCACCAGGUUGUGUGUAUUGCCAAGCACAGCUUGAUCCUCAGCUUGUCAAUCAGCAUAGCUCCUUGGACUUCACCAUCGACAUCCACUGGGGAUCUCAUCCUAUUAGCUUCAGUGGAGCUGGGCCAGUUUACACCUGCUGGAAAUCUGGCCCUUUGUUGCUUGUUGUAUUAUGUUUAACCUUUUUUUUUUUUUUAAGAGAUGUACAUCUUCCUUGUCUUGAUCAUUUUAUUUUUUAUUAAAAAUGAGAAUGUUACACACC